CGUUCAGCCUGAAAUUUCAUUGAAAUUCGCCUGCGUGAUGCAAACAUUCUCAUGUAAACAACUUUCACUUGUAAUAAAUUGGUAGUUAGGCUAAGUUACUAUAAAGAUAGUGUAGUGAUAUAACAACAUUAUCUAAAAUGUGGUUAUAAUAUGAUAUGAAUUUGGCGGAUCGGUAUCUACUUCUAAUGAAACAUCAUUCGCUGUUUGUGGUUUAAUAAGAUUUUGGUGUUGCAUCAACUUCUGCUGCGUUAUAUGUAACCUUUCAGUUUUUUAUUAAGAUGUUCAUCUGAUUCUGGACUGUAAGUGGUGUCAUGGAAACACAUCAGGUGUCCAGCAGGUGGCAAGAUCUUACAUGAAACCGAUGCACUGACAGAGCACCAGAUGAAUUCACUUGUUUAAAAGUUGGUGUCAUGGUUUCACUUGUGGAUUAUGAGGAUUCAGACAGUGAGUCAGAGGAAGACAGCAGGACUGCGCCUCGUGAAGCUGUGCCUCAUCUGGACCUGUUUAAAGACCAGCAUACUGAAGACCAUCUCUUUAUCCUGAACUCUUCAUCAUCAGUGAACUCUUCAUCAUCAGUGAACUCUUCAUCAUCACUGAACUCUUCAUCAUCACAGUCAUGUGUCUCAGCAACUCAAAGCUCAAGAUCUGAUUUGUUGGGUAUGAAGAGAGUUCAGCUGAACUCGGCUGCAGUGAGGCCGUAUGUCUCUAAAAGACAGCGUGUGUCCCCAGCAGCUCCGGUCCAAACAGAGGAACCACCCAAUGUCGGCUCACCCCUGCUGUUUGGGAUCUCCGAGACAAUCCGUCCGUUUCUGGGCAGAAAGCACGCAGGUCUAGAGCUGCCCAGACGGGUUCACUAUCGGGUUCAGGCCCAUCAGGGUCCAGUGAACACCCUGCAGUGGUGCCCAGUGGAUCAUCGCAGCCACCUGCUGCUCUCAGCAUCUAUGGACAAAACAUACAAGUUGUGGGAUGGCGUUGACAGCGGGACGUGCUUACAAACUUAUUCCCAGCAGCGUGGUGCCAUCCGUGACGCCUGUUGGCUGCCGUGUGGCCGGCGAAUCCUCUCGGGGUCGUUCGACGGCACCGUCGUGCUCACAGAUGUAGAGACGGGUAAAAUUGUUGUAAAAGUGGAGAAUGAGUUUAAGGUGGGCUGUGUCGCCCCUCGACCCUGUGACCCUGAUGUGUUUCUCUGUGGUGGCUUCAGUUCAGAGGUCAAAGCCUGGGAUGUUCGCUCCUCUAAGAUGCUGCGGGUUUAUAAAGCCGGUAUUCAGCAGACGUUGGACAUUUUGUUUCUGGGUGACGGUAAAGAGUUCGUGACGAGCACAGACGCAGUGAGUCGAGACUCGGCAGAACUCACGUUGGUCGCGUGGGACUUUGACACCACCGCUAAACUGUCCAACCAGAUAUUCCACGAGCGCUACACCUGCCCGUGUCUGACCUCCCAUCCGCUGGAGAAAAGUUUUGUGGCUCAGACCAAUGGAAGCUACAUCGCUCUGUUUUCAGCGCAGCGGCCGUACAGAACCAAUAAGAGACGUCGAUAUGAAGGACACAAGGUGGAGGGUUUUGCAGUGCAUUGUGGGUUCUCUGCAGAUGGAAGUGUACUCGUGUCUGGGAGUUCAACCGGUUCUGUGCACUUCUAUGACUUUCAAAGCUCACGGACCCUGAAGACGCUGCAGGCUCACGAACACGCCUGCGUCUGCGCAGCUCUGCAUCCUGUGUUACCCGGUGCGAUGGCCACGUGUGAUUGGGAAGGAGAAAUUAAAAUAUGGAAAUAAUUCAGAUGUGCCACUAAAUGUUCAGAGUCUUUCCAUUUCUGACACUUUAUUGAAGAAUGAGUUUUAAUGUUGAAUUCUCAAUGUGAUCAUAGAAUCAUCAUUCAACACACAAAACAUUUCACAGUUGUUAUCAAACUGAGGCUAUAAAGUUUUUAUUAAAUAAAGAAAUAUUCUGCAAAUAAUGAAAGCUUUAAACAAACAGUAACUACGUUCAGAUCAACCAUUACGUCCUCAUGUGAUUACAGGUUUACAUAAUGGCAUGAAUCAUCUUUGAAAACAUAACAAAGCAACACAACAUGAUGCUUUGGAGCGUUAUACAGACAAAUUCUUUCUUUUCAAAUAGGUUUUGGAGGAGGGCAUCGGAAAAUCAUUUGUGAAUCAACACUUAUAAACUCUGUCACAGACGUGUACUUGAGCAGAUAUCAUUGCUUCUGACAGAAGUUAGUUAAGCAGCGUCCCAUACAGCUGCGCUUUAGUCAAACUGUCUUUUCUGCUCAGUCCUGUGUUGACACAUUUCUGAUGAGUGUUUUUCUGAGCUCCCGGAUGAAUCCCAACAUCUUUCUUGUAGAGUUGGACCAAAGAAGCUUCCAGACUUUGGUUUAGUGACUCGGAUGAACUUUCAUUGACGUCAUUUUGCUUUAAGUGAUCUUCUGUCUGCUGCUCCUCUUCAAAGUUUCCCGAGCUGCUCUGACUGCCAUCCAUAGACCGAAUGGCCGCUCCCGUCUCAGCCCGAAACACAUUUGGACUCGUCUUUGGGUUUAGCACAGGACUAGAAGUUGUUGAGGCAGAGAAAUGGGGAUUCAGCGCACGUGUGUGAAAGACAUCAUCUUUGUCCUGGAUGCUCCUGUAGAAGGAACCCAGUUUGUUUUUGGUGGGAGCCGUCGCAUAAUGCCGCUCUGAAGAGCUGAAGGGUCCAGAGCUGGGAAGUGAGAAGGUCUUCAUGUCCUCCACGCUCAUCUGCCUCCGGCGGGCGGUCGAUUCAUCCUCAGGGAGAUCGCAGUCACCUGCGAGACGAUACGGCGCCCCAUAGCAGGACGCUGGUAAACUGACAUCGUGACGACUGUGAUGGAAACCGUCUGACUGUGGAAACCCUGGACUGUCCUGUUCAUACAAGAAAGGGUUUUCACACUCGUAGUCUCUCUCAGGCCACAGCCGCUGACAUGACCUCGGGUGAGCCUCCUCCUCAGAAGCCGCACUAAAGCUGGAAUACGAGCCGGUGACCGGAAGAGAUUCGACCAUGAACCCACGGAAAGGACAGAAGCUCAGGUGUAAAGUCUCGUCCUCUGUGUUGCCAUCCACACAGUUCUGGAGGUCAACGCUCUGUCGGCGCUCAGGCCAGCGGUCACUGCGGCAGUACAGCGCUGUGUCACUGCGGUACAGGUCACAUGAUUUACGCUGCUGUCGUUUGUCCCACAGAAACUCUGUGUCUCGGGCUUGUGGGCUGAAUGAACGAGUGACCGGGCAGCUUCUCUCGGCCUCCGGUUUCCCAAUGAUGCCGCUGGAAGUGGAAUCUGAGCGAGUGUGACGUGGAGCCACAUUCCUCCUGUGAUUGUGUUUAUCCACACACCCCUGAAAAUCAGUAGGAAGCUGUGAAACAACAUAAGACAAAUGAAAGAUGAAAUGAAGGAAUCACAUCAGUGUUAUCGGGGUUUAAUGUCAGAUGGGUGUGGCGAAGUCCAUUGUUGGAAGUAAACAUCAGAUCUCUCUGCUAUAUGAAGAAGGUUUAAUAUUUGAAUACAUUUCUGUUCUUCCCUGCAACAUAAACGGAACAUAGCAAGAUUUCUUACAUCAAUCCCAACCAAAGAAAACAUCUUCACAGAUUCAUAUGAAAGUUUCUUGAACCCUCCAGCAAACAGAGAAAGCAGCUGCUGCCAGAGAUGAAUGUGAACAGAUGCUGUUGUUAUUUUUAGUAUUGGGUCUCCUUCAUGAAGAACAUCAGCUCUGUAUGUGUGUGCGCGUGUGUGUGUGUGUGUGUGUGUGUGUGUGUGUGUGUGUGUGUGUGUGUGUGUGUGUGUGUGUGUGUGUGUGUGUGCACGUGCUGUACCUCAGACAGCUUGUGAGCGGACUGCAGCAACUGAGCUGUCAACUUACAAUCAUUCCUGUACAAAUCCUCAGUAAACAGCAGAGAACUGAUGCUCAGUAAAGCACUCCAAGUGUGAAUGUGACAUCACAGUGACAACAUAUCAUGAGGUAUCAAGAUCUGAUGUAGAAAAUACAAAACUAUUUUUGUUUAGUAUACAUACAUUCUCCUCUCGUAGUUUUUGUAUUGUAAUCUUGGUGUCUAUCAGUUGUUUAUUCAGUAGGAGGAUCUCUUGACUCAAAGAUCUCAUUUCUUCUUCAUGGAGCGUGGUCUGUAUCAGAAAGAAUGAACCUGAAUGAAUUAAAGUCGCAUUAUUCAUUGAUUCAUUGCAGACGAACUGUUACCUGUUAUAUUACAACACGACUGAAUGUUAAUGAUCAGACAGCAUCAGGUCACAGAAACAACACUACAGUAGCUGUAUGAAGGCGUCUUUACCAAGAGUCCAAUUAGUUAUAUUUCAUCUGAGAAAAUAAAUUCAGUCUUUGCUUCCAUUAUUGAUAUAGUAACAUUAAUGCUAAAUCACUUGUGUUUGUGUCUUUAUCUGAAUCUCAUUCAGUGCAGAAGUGUAGAAAAGAAAUAAAUUAAGUGUAGGAAAAUGAAUCACGAAUAUGACAGUGAUAACACGUGUGUGUGUGUGUGUGUGUGUGUGUGUGUGUGUGUGUGUGUGUGUGUGUGUGUGUGUGUGUGUGUGUGUGUGUGUGUGUGUGUGUGUGUGUGUGUGUGUGUGUGUGUGUGUGUGUGUGUGUGUUCGUUCUUGUACCAUUCGUAGGAUUUUGUCCUGUAACUCUUGGUUUAUUCUCUGCACAGCUUUGUAACUGCUAUGAAUCCUGCAGAAAACACAAUGAUGAUGAUGAUGAUGAUGAUUUGAUCUAUAUUGAAUGUGUCCAAUUAAAACAUCAAAUGGCUCAAUAUGUGAAUAUGGCUAAGGAAAACUAUGCAGAGGAAAACUUCUCUAUAAAAACAAUGGUGAAAUGAAGAAUAAGCUCAUUUUUGACUGAUCUGUGAACUGUAUGACUCUGCUUCAUUUCAUGUAAUCUUCUGCUGAUGUGAUUGAAGGAUUCUGACUCUGACCUGUGAAGUUUCUCUGUGGAUUUCUUUAAUUCCUGUUGAGCUCGUCGUAGUUCAGUCUCCAGGUACUGACGGGUCGAGUCAAACUCGUUCUCCAGCAGGUGUAGUUUAUGUGUUGUGUAGGUCAGACAUCUGCGCAGGUUGUCUGUCUGCUCCUGUGAAGAACUACGCAGACAGACAUACAGACAAACCGUUACAAUCACUGCGUCCUAUACAAACAAAAACAUUUAAAAAUAUUUAACCCUGGUAAAGUUAUAGCCCAGUGGUUAGAGUGUCAGGCUUGUAAACCAAGAGUUGCUGGUUUGAGACUCACUACUGGUGGGUUGUGACUGUGGUGCCCUUGAACAAGGUACCUU